CCCAUCAAACCUUCGACGAUGAACAUCCCUGUGACGUGUUCACGCAAAGGAAUAGGAUGAGUGACUCUCAUCAGAAAAGCAGCAGUAUGAAUGCUGGCUCAUCUUGGAACCAAGCCCAACAUUCAAGGACUUCUUCAGGAAGAAGGCAGAGUAAGAGUAGAUCUCAAGGACCCCACGUCUCUUCCCACCUGGGAGGGAGCAGUCUCCUUGGCCUCUCCCAGCCUGCAGCGGAUAAACUCAUGGGAGCCAUUUCCACAGAGGGAAGGCAGGAGCAGACUGCGCUUAGCUCCAGGUGUCAGGCUGCCUCUGGACACAAGCUGUUCCUUGACUUUCAGUCCAUGAAGAUCAUUAAGGAAGGUGCUGAUGAAGACAGCGCAAGUGACCUGUCAGACUCAGAACGAGUGGCCAUUCCUCCUUCUCCCUUCACACCUCCUGACCUCAACCUUCGAGCGGAAGAGAUCGACCCGGUUUCCUUCAGUCUUCACCCAGACCCGAGCCAGGCAGAAGCUGAACACUGCUACCCUGACUUUCUUCCACCCCCGUUCAGCUCCUGGGACCUCCAGGAUAUGGCUGUGGUUCUGAACACAGAAUGCCGGAGUGAGGCCCUGCCUCGGGCCACAGGCUUCCUUGGGAAGUACAUAGACAGACUUCUUCAGCUGGAGUGGCUGCAGCUCCAAACCGUGCAGUCUGAGAAGGCCCGGGCUGCCAAGGCAAGGUCCUCUGGGGCUUCUGGGAUGCUGAAAAGCCCUAGGCGGGGUAAGCUCCCCGCCAGUGCGCUGUCCAAGCCUUUCCUGUCCCCAGAAGGGAUUCCAAAGCCUGGCCCUUCUCGAAAGAAAGGUUUUCAGUAUGAAGAUGCCCACCCGUCCUACUAUGCAUUUGAGACUUCAUCUAGAUCUGUGGAUGGGCCUGCUCGCCCCAGGCUGUGUUCUCAGAAACAAGGCCCAGAACUGAGGAUGGAAAAAAAGAAGAAAUCAGGUAAGGGCCCCAAGUGUCACCUCCGCGCUCCACCCUGUGCAGAGGGCAGCCCUGCAAUGGAAGCCAACGGUAACAUCCGAAUUCCCAAGCAGUCUGCAGUGCUUCUGGACCCAAUGGACUCCUGUAGGACCUCCAGGACACAAGCACACUUGGACCUGAAGAAAAAGGGAAGUGCAAAUAACUGUGGACCUGCCUCUUCUUCCAGUGAGAAGAAGCUCAAAACAAAUGGAGCAAAGCAAAGCACAUAUAAGUUCAAGUGACCCCUGAGGUAAAGAACCGCAAAGUCCCGCCGAUGUCUAAAAGUGGGGGUUCGUCCCAAAGUAAUGGUGAAUUUAAAUCCGUUUGUGAUAACUGAGUCAAGUCGCCGGCUGGCUCUCCAAUCACCCACCCCCACCCCACCCCACCCUUGCCUCUUGUUAUACAGUCUUAAGCACUUUAGGGACCUAUAGGUAAAAGUGAACUUGUGUGUCUAUGAUACAAAGGUUUGAAACAGCAGGACCAGUAAGCCAGUGUGGAACCGGCCCAGUGUCCCUGUCUCUGGAGUACGGGAAACAGUGUGUACUGUUCUUGGAGAGAAGCCCUGUGUCUCACCGAAGAAAAGCCCUGCUGGCUCAGUGCCUCCUGGUUUUGCAUAAAGCCUCAGCAGAGCUUCUGUUGGGAGUCUUUCUCUCUUCUGUCGCCCACCCUCCUCCGAGCCUAGUUCCACUCCAUUUAGGGGUCACAUGAGUUCCUAUUUUGAGUGUCAUUUAUCUCUCAGCCAGUUCCUUGCCAGAGGCAAAGGCAUCUAGAGUGCGUCUCUGGUGCGUUUUUAAAAGACAUUUUAAGUCCAGGGGUAGUGCUGUAGCCCGUGUCUGAGUUCUCUUACCUGAAGUUAAAAUCAUUUGUAAGUUUUCCAGAGGGAAAGUCAGCAGGUCCAGCAGUGGCUGCUGCUGUCUGGUGAGGCAAGAAAGAAUGCCCUGGCACCCUAGACCUCUGGGUAACCAUGCGCCGUGUGUGGGAAUGUACUCCAGUGUAAAUUGUCAGGUUACUGACUAGGGACCCAUAUCCCGCUGUUCUAGACCUCUGGGUAACCGUGCGCGGUGUGUGGGAACGUACUCCAGUGUAAAUUGUCAGGUUACUGACUAGGGACCCAUAUCCUGCUGUUGUAGGUCAAAGCCAAUGGUCUAUUUCUGUGUCCAGGAGCAGGGUCUUCUAAUCGUGACUGGGGAGGGAGCAGACACAUUUGCUCUGUGUGUGCGUGCACUAUCCUGAGUGUUCUUAUCUGCUUGUGGCUUCCUGGCUCUCCCAUAGCCAUUCUCCUUAGCUGCCUUUGAGUCUUGCUGCCUGGGGAGCUUUCCUUCCACGUGUUUCUGCAAACCUUUCCUUGGCUGCUGCUUCUCAGGCAGUGAAACCAUUAUUGGACUUGUCUUGGGCACCCAUGAGUUUUUUGGGUUGUUUUGUUUGUUUGUUUGUUUUGCUUUGCUUUUUCACCUUUGGGGAAAAGGACAAAGGUAGUUUGUUGCAGCUGGAGCUUCCCCACAGCCACAGGUGCCUAAAGGCUGAAGAGUGAGACAAGGUUAUCCUUAAACCAGCUGCUCAGGUCAGAUGUCAAGCUCUCUCCAUAAGGCUGAUGUCAGCCAUGUUGAACAACACAGGAACUUUUUUUUCUUUAGCCUUUUUCUUUCAGGACUUUAUUUUCAGAUUCUUUUUUGCACUGCCCUCCUGGAGAAAGCAUGUUCUUACAUGGAGUUCUCAUGCCUUUUGUUUGUUUGUUGUUGUUGUUGUUGUUUGGGGAAAGGUUGAGACAGGGUUUCUCUGUGUAGCCCUGGCUGUCCUGGACUCGCUCCGUAGAGCAGGCUGGCCUCGGACUGCUAGAGAUCCACCUGCCUCUGCCUCCCACGUGCUGGGAUUAAAGGCGUGCGCCACCAGCUGUCUCAUGCUUUUUUCUGUAGCCAAAAUCUGCAUACUUUGUUGGCCGUCCACGGAUGCACUGUCCACGUUUGCCCGUGGUGUGCGCCUUGGUUUGGGAGGACAGUGCCACCCCUCCCCCUCUUCCCUCCCCUGAGUGAGUGAGUGAGGCCGUGUGGGUCCACUUCGCUACUCCUUGGAGCACAGAUGAUUUUACCGUAAGUGGCUCCUUUCUCAUUCUUUCUCCAGAUUUUUAUGCGCAUCUUUAGGAAGCUGCAGGUCCCGUAAGAGGAAGCAUGACAUUAUGUGCACAUAUGUACUUAGAUGCUCCUUGGAGCAAUACUGCCAGGUUCCCUUUCCCGUCACCUACUGUGUGGGUGCUCCUAGAUACCCUGGCAUGUGAGAGUCAAGUUUCUUUUCCCCUGGGGAUGUGUGUCCGGACUGAAACGCACAACAGAAAAAAAUGUAGCGGUGGCGCCUCGUGUGUUUGUUCCCAGCACACUAAUGGAAGUUGACUCCUGGUCUGGGGACUAGAAGAGGCCCGAAGGGGUGACUUUGUUUACUUCUUUGUCUGAGUUGAGUGCCCAUAUUAAACAGUAUUAUGUUCUAGGACAGGGUGCUACUGAACAACACGGUUUUUUACAGUUACAUUGACUGCAGCUGAUCAAACACAGCUUUUUCUUUGGUCUCUAAAGACAUAUCCCACGCAGGCAAGUGGACAGCAUUGAACACUGAACUGUGAACUCGUUCAGUUCAAGGCCAAACCAGAGUAUCCUGCUACAGGGGCAAAUCGGUGUGCUUCCGGAAGCGCCUCUCAUCUCGUAGAUGUUUACAUAGCUCCCAGGUCCAGCCAAACACAAGAAGAUCUUGAGGAAAACUGUGUCUGGGGCUUGAAUGACACCCGUUUGUGGAGAAAGAGCACAAAGCCCUCUAGGUCAUCACUGACCGCGUGGCUUUGGACUGUUUCCCAGAUCACCAACAUAACUGGCUUGAAGGUUAUAGCGUUCCUGGCUCCCAGACUGCGGGAGAGACGGUCGAUACCAUUGGUCUUCACGGAAAAGGAAAGUUUGUUUGGAUCCUUUGUCCUCUUGGGCUCCUGUUCUAGAAAGACCUAAGCGCUUCUUACAUGGAUUACACAUGUGUUUCUCAUUCAUUUACUUGAACAGUUAGGUAGAAGUCCGAACCCUGUGCAUUCAAGGUAAUAGCAGUAUUUAUUGUUUAAUUGUGUGACCUGAAUAUAUUCAGCAUGUUCAUUGAAUGUCAUAAUGCUAUUUGUUUGGUUUUGUAUGUGGCAAAACAGAACUCAUGUAUAAGUUUUUGUGGGACUUUUCCUUCCUUCAGCCCAAUUAAACAGGACACAUACCUGAAUUUUUCUGGCUUGGUUUGAUUUCUGAUGUCUUUCCAGUUUGUCUGGUUCUUCCCCAGAGCUGCUGAGGGUGGCACCCUGUUCCCUUGCCCUUCAUCCUGACGCUGCCCAGGAGUAAGCGUGACGAGCACUGUUCCUGCAUCAGAGACGCAUGGCUGGAGAUGACGUGAGUCAUUGCGGAGGGGUAGGCAGGUGAAGAGUGGACUGUUCUCUGUGUCUUGUGCAGGACGAGCCUCCUGCUGCCAUCCUCCUGAAUCUGAAGAUCACCACAACUGGGCGUGCUGAUGCUCGACUUGCCCUCCUAGGAGGAGGGUGAGGAAGGUCACGGGACCCUCACGGGAGCAUCCAGACAAUCCUAACCACAUGCAUGCAAUUCUACCCUAAUUGUGCUUGACUUGUGGGGAGAGCUAGACAAUAUAGGUUGGGAAGGAUGAGGGAAGGGGCUCCUUCUAUGCCACUUUCUGUGGUGUGAAGAAGAUCUUCCAGUGAAGCCUCCUUAGGGCCACCAACACUGUUGCCCACAGUCCACCCUUGCCCCAUAAGGAAGCCUAAUAAACGCAUUGGUCCCCCUGAGU